AUUAAUAAAAUGAAUACAACAUCGAAAAUGGAAAACGUGUCAGCGGAAAUAUCCAAUUUUAAUCAAAACUUUUGGGAAUACUCAAGCACGGAUCCAAACUUGAGAAUAAACGACACGGUGUCGAACACAGUGCCGAACUCGGACCAGGGUUUUGUUGUUGCGAUAUACAGUGUUUUGCUAAUUGUGGGGGCAGUUGGGAAUGUGACUGUGUUUGUGUCUUUAGUGCGUUCUAGAAGAAGAAAAUCGAGGGUCAACUUGCUAAUGACUCACUUGGUGGUGGCAGAUCUGAUUGUUGUCCUGAUCGGUAUACCGCUAGAGAUCGCGUGGCGUACCACGAACGCGUGGCUGGCGGGGAACUCGGCCUGCAAAGUUUUUCUCGUCCUGCGUCCAUUCGGCCUCUAUUUAUCGUCGAAUGUUUUAGUCUGCAUAUCUCUGGAUAGGUUUUUUGCUGUGCUUUACCCACUCCGUCUGGCAGUGGCGAGGAACCGAAGUAAAACAAUGCUUUGGUUUGCGUGGUUCAUCGCGCUACUCUGCAGUUUGCCUCAAAGUCUAAUCUUCCGUGUGAAGAAACACCCCAAGGUGCCGAGCUUCGAGCAGUGCGUAUCGUUUGAAGCCUUCGCAAAUGAUCAACACGAGCAAGCCUAUAACGUCCUCGUGUUAUUCGCGAUGUAUUUCUUCCCGCUGAUUGUGAUAACAGUGUGCUACGCUUGUAUUUUCUGGGAAAUAAAUACAAACUCCAAGGAAAUUUCAGAAAAACUAUCGGUACCUGAUGUCGGCAGAAUACAACUGAGAAGGUCUGACCAGCGCCCGUUGGCCCGCGCGAGACGACGAACGCUUCGGAUGACUGUCACUAUAGUCAGCGUGUUCGCCCUCUGUUGGCUUCCCUACGCGACUAUGACUUUGUGGUACAUGUUCCACCGACAGUCAGCGGUGCUCGUGUCUGAAAGGAUACAGAACCUCUUCUUCAUCAUGGCGGUGUCCAACUCCUGCAUGGAUCCGCUAGUCUACGGCUCCUACACCCUCAACAGGAAUAUUAUCAAGGAGAGCUUAAGAAAAGCCUUCUGUGUCCCGAGUUCCGGUUCCUGUAAAAAGAACGGAAUAAUCUCGGGCCCGGGCAAUUACAGCUGCAAAGUACCCAAACCACCUGUACAUACUAAAAAAUUGUACCCCAACUGCAAGCGCCAAUACAACGUGAAUUUCCAGGAGUCGACGCUAAUUGCGGCAAGUGCUAACUCAGAGCCUCACAGUUGGAGCGAGACCAAGUCGCAGGCGCCGAAGCUCUGUGAGGUGUUUACCGUACAAUCUAAAGUGGAUGUGUAAAAACAAUAUGUGUAAAACACGAUCUGUAAAAGUGGAUAUGUUAAAAGUGGAUGUGUAAACAUUGAAUAUGUAAAAAGUGGAUAUGUUAAAAGUGGAUGUGUAAAAACUGGUUAAGUAGUAAGUAGAUAUGUAAAACUUAUUAUGACAAAACUGGAUGUGUAAAACCUUGAUAUGUAAAAAGUGGAUGUGUGAAAACUGGAUAUGUAAAAAGUGGAUGUGUAAAAACUAGAUGUGUAAAAAGUAAAACGAUAAAUUUAAAUGUAUAUAAUAAAAUAUUUAUUUAUACUUUUUAAUAUAGGAUUAUUACCCGGAUCAAGUUAUGUAAUAUUAAAAAAAUAGG